AUGGAAUCCACGCCGAAACUCAGAAUUCUUUGCCUUCACGGUUAUCAACAAAAUGCUUCAGUUUUCCGAAACAAAUCGGGCAGUUUCCGACGUUAUAUGAAGAAAUACGCUGAUUUUGUUUUUAUGGAUGCUCCUCAUGAAGUUGAAUGGGAACAUGCUUCAGAAGGUGCAAGUGAUACAGUUUCAACAAAUAUAGCACCAGCAAAGUGUCGAGGAUGGUGGUAUGUCUCGGAACGUUUUCAUAUCAGGAAAGUGAAAGAUCAUGAAGGUUUCGAAGAAUCUGUUCAAGCAAUCGUCGACUUUGUGCAAAAAGAGGGACCCUUUGAUGGAAUACUCGGUUUUAGUCAAGGUGCUACGUUGGCCUUCUUAUUAUCUGCUUUAAAGCGAAAAGGAGAUUUGAAUAUCGAUUUUAAAUUUUUAAUUUUGAUAUCCGGAUUCUUGAGUAGAAAUCCUGAACAUCAAAAAUUGAACGAAAUGGCUCAAUCCAAUAUUCCGUGUCUCCACGUUGUUUCUCGUGAAUUAAGUGCAAAACUUGUGGAACUUUUUGACAAAGAUAUGGUUGUUGUGUUCGAGCAUCCAGGUGGUCAUAUGACGCCUAACAUGCUCAAACAUAAGGUGAUAAUUGAUAAAUUCUUCGAAAUUGUUAAAAAUGUUCUCAACACUUGA